UUUAACAUCAAAAAUGAAAAACAUUUCUUUCGAAAAACGUGAACCAGUCCCUUUAAUGUCAAGAAGAAAGGUGUCGAAACGUCUGGGAGUCGAAACGCCUGAUGCUUCAAACAUUUUGGUGACGGAGACAAACAAGAUGGAGGCAGUCAUGGAGAAAACUCCACAUGAUGCUAGAAAUCGUCAGUUUUACUCGUUACCAAAAGAACAUCUGAUGUCUGAACAUAUUUUAGAUGAUACAGAAUCAAAAGAACAUCUUCUAGAAUACAUUCGGGAGAAUGUAAUAGGGAAAGACAAAAUUUUUAGUGGACCUUUUGGAUUAAGAAAAGUGACUUAUGUGGACUAUAUUGCCUCAGGAAGAGCCCUGAAGUUUAUUGAAGAUUAUAUCCAGAAUGAGGUUCUGCCGGAUUAUGGAAACACUCAUACAACAACAAGUUUGACUUCUCUUCAGACAACACUAUACAGACACGAAGCAAGGGAUAUUGUUCGGAACUCUGUUCAUGCUAGUGAACACGAUUCGGUGAUCUUUUGUGGAAGUGGGACUACCACAGCAGUUCACAAGCUUGUUCAUGCACUUGAUAUGGAGAGAUCACCAAUUGUAUUUGUCGGCCCCUAUGAACACCACUCCAGCUUCUUGCCAUGGAUAAGCAUAAAUGCUGUGAUUGUUAGAAUUAAGGAAGAUGGAAGUGGUAGCAUAAGCAUUGCAGAUUUGGAAAAUAAAUUACAGCAUUGGCAGUCCUCUGGUCGGACUCUCAUUGGGUGUUUUUGUGCUGCCUCAAAUGUUACUGGAGUUUUAGUGGAUGUCAAUUCCAUCACUAUCUGUCUUCAUAAGCAUGGAGCCCUUGCUUUCUGGGAUUAUGCAACAGCAGCUCCUUAUGUCAAAAUUGACAUGAAUCCAGUGUUGACUAGUGGUGAGGAUCAACCUUACGUUUACAAAGAUGCGAUAUUUAUGUCGGCCCAUAAGUUUGUGGGAGGAGUGCAGACCCCAGGAAUACUGGUUGCUAAAAAGAAACUGUUCAGGAACAAAGUGCCGGAAAACUGUGGUGGAGGAACUGUAUUUUAUGUGAGAAGAGAAAACUACAGGUUUUUACAGGAACCUGAAUUUCGCGAGGAAGGAGGAACACCAGCUAUUGUUGAAUCCAUCAGAGCAGGCCUAGUGUUCCAGCUCAAAAAUGCAGUGUCAGAACAAACAAUCAUGGAGAAGGAGGAACAUUUUCACAGUAUUGCUUUAGAGACUCUACAGCAUUGUGAGAAUUUAGUAUUACUGGGCUCAGGGAAUAAGAACAGUCUUCCAGUGUUUUCGUUCUUGGUUUACAACCCUGAGGCAGGGAGGUUCCUUCACCACAAUUACGUAGCCAGUUUAUUGAAUGACUUGUUUGGAAUCCAGGCUAGAGGAGGAUGUGCAUGUGCUGGACCUUAUGCAAUGGAUUUACUAGGAUUAGAUGAAAGAACAUCUGCUGAGAUUGAGAAUUUGUUAGCAGAAGACACUAGGCUGGAUAGGACACACUUAAGGAGAUAUAGAGAGUAUUCACAAAGGGAAAUAAUCAGACCAGGUUUUGUCAGGAUAAAUCUUCCAUACUUUAUGGAUGAGGAGACUGUGCAAUUUGUUUUAGAGGCUGUUAAACUUGUAGCGAAAGAAGGAUGGAAGUUGCUACCACAGUAUAUGUUUAAUCCUGAGACUGGAGAAUGGAGGCAGAAAGAUUUCCAGGUGUUUAAAGACAGGAAGUGGCUGGGACACAUUUCCUACAGAUCAGGAGAAAUGCAUUACAAAGUUCCUCCAAAUAUUGUCAAAGGACCCCUCCCUACUGAUUAUACUGAUUGUAUUGAGAAGUCCAAAGAACUUUUCAGACAGGCUGUAAGGACAAAGUAUCAGUUACCUGACCACACCCAUAUGUUUGAUGACCAUGCUAAAAAGUACCGCUGGUUCCUACUACCCAGUGAAGCAGCAGACAUCUUGGCUGGACACAACGUUCCAAAUUUCUCCUCACAGCUGCUAUUUUGCCCUCCUUCCCUCAGGGAAAUUUUAGGGUUACCUCCCUUUGUGUUGGAGGUGAUGAAGAAUGAUGGGGUAGUGCACGCCCCUACAACAAUAAACCAAUCAGAGACCACCACUCAUAAUGACUUCUCAGAAAAACUGCUUCAAGAUUUAGAGAGAGGGUAUGGCGUUAUAGCACAGUGUGAUUCUGAAAAUUCUGAAGCUCAGGCUAAUUCCUGUGAUAAAGACCUUAAAUCAUGUAAAGGAGAAACACAUGGAUGUGAUAUUACAGAAACAAAAAGAAGGGAUAUCUGUGAUAGUAAUUCUGUGUCCACACCAGAAACUGUGUGUCCUCUUAUCAAUACAUCAAGAAAACGAGAUUUACAGAAGAAAACUGUAGACAGCUGUUCUUUGAGUAGAUCUUGUUCAGAUUCAAAACAGAAAAAAAUUGACAAGACAGUAGGGAUAAAGCAGACGUCCAUUAAUGCAGAUGAAGGAAAAAAGUCCACUUGUGCUGCCAGGUCUGAACUUUCAUCAAAAAAGAAAUCAUCAGCAAGUAAAUGGUUCUCUCCUCCCAAACCCAUCUUUACAAAAUUCCUCAAGGGUGUAGAGGACUACAGCAUGCUUCGUGAUGGGGACCGGGUGUUGGUCUGUCUGUCUGGUGGAAAGGACUCUUUGUCUCUGCUACAUACCAUCAGACAAUACCAGUUCUACUGUAAAGCAAAGGGACUGUGUUUUGAAUUUGGAGCAGUAACUGUAGAUCCUCAGACUCCCUCCUAUGACCCCAGUCCUCUCAAACAGUACCUGGCCAGUCUCAAUGUGCCGUACUAUUACGAGUCUCAGUGCAUCAUGGAUCAGGCACAGAGUCUGGAGAAUUGUGCAUCCAUCUGCAGCUUCUGUAGUCGAAUGAAGCGUGGCAGGAUUUAUGCCUGUGCCAGGAAAAAUAACUACAAUGUUCUUGCUUUGGGACAGCAUUUGGAUGAUUUGUGUGAAAGUUUUCUCAUGUCUUUCUUCCACAAUGGGAUCUUGAGGACAAUGAAGGCUCACUAUGAUGUAGAAGAAGGAGACUUGAGGGUAAUAAGGCCUUUUGUGUAUGUCAGAGAAAAAGAUCUACGACUUUUUGCAGAAAAGAAUAAAUUGCCAGUUAUUGCUGAAAAUUGUCCUGCUUGUUUUGAAGCACCAAAGGAAAGACACAGAACCAAGCAGUUACUGGCAGCUCAGGAAAUUCUGUUUCCAAAUUUGUACAACAGCAUGAUGGCAGCCAUGAAACCGAUCUUGGCUAUUAACAAAACCGGAGUUCGGGUCAGUGACUUCCUGAACCCUAAAGGAGAGGAGUCUGAUGAUAUGGACAUUUAAAAGAUAAAAAGAUGCUUGUAUUUAAAACUAUUUAUUCAUAUAUUGCAUUCUUUGCACCAUUGUAAAAACAAGACCUCAUUGUGGGUGAUUUUUGGCGAGUUGCUAAUUUUGGUCUGUUUUGGUGAUAGGUUCCAAAUCUCCAAAAUGAAAACCACCAAAUUUUAAGCCUUUUUAUAUCUAUACAGUAGAUAUAAUUUAAAUUGCCAAUAUACAACCAUCAAAAUUAAUAACAUACUUUCAUUCCCCUUGAAGUCGUCAAAUUUUUCACCCACCAAACCCCCAUAAUGCUGUAUCCUGCUAAACAAAUAAAACGACUCUUCCUGAGGAAUCAA